UGUUUUCCUUUGGAGCUUUGAAUGGAUCAUGGAUCUACGAGAUUACGUCUUACCUGCUUGCGCUCAAGGACUGACUACAACCAGAGAGUGAAUGGACUGUUUUAGAGAGAAGGCCACAGUGUGACACAGGGGGAGUGUGGAAAAGAGAAGUGAGUGACUGCCAAAAGGCCUUUGAGAGGAAGAAAGCAUUAUUGACAAGGAGGAUUGUUUUAGAGAGGGCUGCUUGGAAAUACCAAAUCGGAGGUAGAGCAAUAGAGUGAAGAUGGUGGGAGAGAUGAACUCAUCGGAUUCGAUUCCCUAUGGUGGGAAAAGUGCUUUUACACAGACGGAACACAACAUCGUUGCAGCAUACCUCCUCACUGCAUGUGUAAUCAGUUUGGCCAGUAACUUUGUGGUUCUAGGGAUGUUUAUGAAGUUCAAGGAGCUGCGGACGUCCACUAAUACCAUCAUUAUUAACCUGGCCUUCACAGACAUUGGGGUUGCAGGCAUUGGCUAUCCUAUGUCUGCUGCGUCUGACCUGCACGGCAGCUGGAAGUUCGGCUACAACGGCUGCCAGAUCUAUGCGGCUCUCAACAUCUUCUUUGGGAUGGCAAGCAUAGGGCUUCUAACAGUGGUUGCCAUUGACCGUUACCUCACAAUUUGCAGGCCUGAUAUAGGUCAAAAGUUGAGUAAGCGCUGGUACAGGACGAUGAUCUUGGCCGCAUGGCUGAAUGCAGUGUUCUGGUCCUCCAUGCCAAUUGUGGGCUGGGCCGGAUACGCUCCUGAUCCCACCGGGGCCACAUGCACUAUCAACUGGAGGAAGAACGAUGCGUCGUUUGUGUCCUACACCAUGUGUGUGAUCCUGAUAAACUUCAUCAUUCCUCUCUCCAUCAUGUUCUAUUGCUACUACCACGUCUCUGUUACCAUGAAGAGAUACAAGGCCAGCAACUGUCUGGACAACAUCAACAUGGACUGGUCUGACCAGAUGGACGUCACUAAGAUGUCCAUCGUGAUGAUCCUGAUGUUCCUGGUGGCCUGGUCGCCGUACUCUAUAGUGUGUUUGUGGGCGUCAUUCGGUGAUCCCCGAAAAAUUCCAGCUCCUAUGGCUAUCAUUGGCCCUCUCUUUGCCAAAUCCUCCACAUUCUAUAAUCCGUGCAUUUACGUCAUUGCCAAUAAGAAAUUCAGAAGAGCCAUCGCUGGAAUGCUUCAAUGCCAGACCCGACAACGAAUCACCAUCAGCAGCCAGGUUCCCAUGACAAUUUCUCAGCUGCCACUCAAUCAGUAAAUGUCAAGUAUCUCUGAUGGAAUGGUAACAUCUAGUAUCCCAUAAUAUUCCUCUGUGGAGCACUGGUCGUUACAGAGAUAGGCACGUCUUGUUUUGUCCGAACACCCUUCACCUUCAUUAUCCACCUGUAAAGGUGAAGUGAGCCCAUAAGAUUUUCAGCAAAUGAAUGAUAUUGUCAGCUUUUUUUUUUUCUUUCAUUUUUACUUAUAUGUUUUUCUGUCACAUUAUCCAGAAUAGAAUAUUCAAGUCACUUUUACAUUCUACCAGUUUAUACUGAAUUAUUACAAAAAAGCUCUCUGUUUUAUUAUCUUAAACACCAACUUGACCACCUGAAGGUCUCCCUCCAAAUGAAUUUUGUUCAUGUUGUGACAAUAUAUUACCAGUAUUGAAUUGUCAUGUUUACAGUAUAAAUUCCACAUCAGUUUAUAAUGGGCAUUACUGUGUGGUAUUUUAAUGUCUUAAGAUUUUCCUAUAUCUGUCAUAAGCAUAGAUGUGCAAUGAACCCUGAAGACAGAGUUUCAGAAAAGACUUGAGGUAAAAGAUGGUCAAACAGGAAACAGUUUAAUCAAAUAUUUAAUCUUUAUGACAUCUGUACAUCUUCCAAGUUAUUUCAGUGCAUAUUUCACAACAUUGUUUAAAUAGAAAAAAGAGGGCAUAUACAGUUUAUUUGAUGGCAUCUCAAUCGCUGCAUCUGGUACAUCUUUCUGUGAGGAGCCUUCCUCUCACUCAGACCUAUCACUACUGUACACACACCUAAGCCAGCUUGUGCUCUGUGGGAUGGGAACUGUGGACUAAAACAAUAAAAACAUUUGUUUUCUAACUGGAAUACAUACUGAGAGCGAUUCAUGGAUUGGUUGGUAUAGUUCAGGAUCUCUGUGAUUUUGUAUAGGGGAAGUGAUACUAAAGCCCUAUGUACACUAAAGUGAUACGAAGCCCAUUCGAGUGCCUCUAUCCUCCAAAGACUAGAGUGGGGUCUACAUGAGUGGACUUCUCUGCAUGUUUGUAAAAGUGUGUUGUCAUACAUCAUUUAAAUAUUAAAACCAAAUAAGGGAAUCAAGUGAUUGAGACAUGGGCUCCUGGGUUGAAGUGAGAUCCAGUCAGUGUCAAAUCAUCCCGCCUCUCACUUCUCCCCUUCUUUCCUCUCCCCUUUGCCGUCCCUUUGAUUCGAUCACAAUGGUACAUUGUUCUCCAGCCAAGUCUGGAUCUCGUCCUUGUUUAGCCGCAUCCACUCAAUGUUGUUCCUGACCGUCUCCAGGGCCUGUUGGCGAGGCAUCUCCCCAGCUCCUGCGUUCGGUGUCUUGGCAAAGAAGUGCUCCAUCUGAUGGAACACAGUAAUGACACAUGUGGAAUGUCAAUGUCAGUGAUGUUCUUGGAGGUAAAUUACAGCAGCCCUUAUGUAGUUUUUUAAAAUCUAAUUUAGUGUCUAAUUUAAUCUAAUGUAGAUUUAACUGAAAGUAAAUGUCUACUGGAAGAAAUCAUACCUGUGUUGUGCUGCUAGCUGAGUCUAUUUUGGUCAGCUAAGUGGUUCUGUAUUUUGUUGUUAUUUGCAUUUUGUUAGAGUGUUUCUGCCUGUAAUCUGUGCUGUAACUGCAACACCUAACUGUAAAUAAUGACUCCUAUAAAUUCCUAUUCCUAUAUAAAAAAUCCUAUAAAUGGAGAAACCUC